GCCUCGUGGAGUGCCUGUCCCAGUCAAGUUGUGUGCAAACCAGACGACUCGAAACAGGUCUCGAAGAAGUAAGAUUCCCAAGAUUUUCGAUUGGUCGCUCUCGAAAGCUGGCUGAGACUUGAGAGUCAUCUAAGAAGGAGACACGAGGGGCGCGCACUCCGUGACGCUUAAGCCGAAAAGUGCCUUCUUAAGCAAAACGACGCCUUCGGAUCUUGGACCUCCGAAUAUCUUUUUCAGAGUGGUAUUGCUGCCAGUGAAGGUCGCGUCGAAGUUGAGAGACGGCUGCGAGUCGGUCGAGGACAGCUCUAUCUGACGCAAGGAACUGGAACCACCAGGCCUGGACAUAAUGGAGACAAUUCUCGAGUCAAGCCACCCAACGACCACCGUUUCUGGGAUUACACCUGAGGCGGCCUUGUUCUCAGUCGUCAGACCGACUCAGCUGGGGACGGAAACUGUCGUGUCAUCCACCAGUAUUGACGGGUUCCACGGGAGGUCUGCGUCACUGAACCUUCCUCUAGCGAGAAAGGCGAGCUUUCGAGUCCGCGAAUGGGUCAAACGAUCAGGUUCGAGCCGGACUCAGACAGCGGCUACAUCAGGACUCUCCACAUCACGGCCCUUGAAAGCACACAUCAAGCACCUUGGAGGCGGCCGGCUGGAGGAAGUAAAUGUCGAAGGAACAGCCCACAAUACGAAUCUCCUAGUACCGGCAACUCGGCGAGAAUCGAGGACCCGGGCAAGUUCUCCCGACAGUCGAGUAACACAAUGGUUCGACUUCCAGUUCUACGCCGAGCCGCCUGAGACUAGCCAACCAAAGCCCCAUGCUCUUCUCGGACCAUUCCCCUUUGAAAGGCGCCCAAACCGACGACAACGGUCCGGAUCGACGAAUUCCGACCUCCGGCCAGCGCCACUCAGGGUGCCCUGCCCCGAGAAAGGAGGCAGUUCCAGCAGCGUCACCACGCCGUCGAAGACACUGGCACGGAAGUGCUCGAAAUGGAAACCUCUGCCACUGCCUCCUGCGCAGUCAGUUGAGCCUAAGCGGCUGGAAGUGGAAACCAUGGCAGUCACCGAUGAUGCCGAAACGAAGGCGCUGGUCAAGAGGAAUGACGAGCAACAGUCAAAAGGCGCGUCGUGCUCACACAGCCCUGGGGAUCACUCUCCGGGACGAGAUGAGCUGGGAAUCCUACCGGUGACCCGCUUCGGUACGCCCCCUCUAACACCCGACAGCAGCACAGGCGGUGUCGCCAUGAGGCGUCUGGUCGGGGACAAGGGCAAGGGCAAGGAUACAGAGGGACGGCCCCUUGCAGAGUCCAGGACCGACGACGGCAGAAGGAGGGAAAGAUCGGGAUCAAAGGCCGACGCCCACGCCCCCUUGCGAUACACCCGUCAAGAGCGAAUUUGGUUACACGUGAAUUACAGGGGUGAGGUCCCCUUCCUCAAGGCAUGGGGGCUGGACAUCAAGAAGGCGGCUGAUCGUGUUGAGGGCGUGGCCAUUCUCAGGGACUUGAUGCAAGCAGAGCGGGAGAGGUACGGGAUAGCUGGUCCUCAGGUUGUAGCUUAGGGGCAGACUGUGGCAGUAUAUUGAAAUGAGUUGCUUAAUGCUUAAAUAUGCGUGGGUCGUCCUGGUUGAGCAGUAGGGAGUUUGUCAUGAUUGGUAGCUAUACGUGUUAAUGGAGGAUUGCGUUUAUGGUAC